UUGUCCACCGCCCAGCGAGCGGAGAGCUGACUUGUGGGAGUGUGCUGCCUGCUCCGUGCGGUUGGAGGUGGUGGUAGUAGUGGUGGUGGUGUGUUUUGUUUUCUUUAUCUUCUCGAGGCGAGGAGAAGUUGUGGUGCUCCGGCAGCGUGUUGGAGGUGGUGGUGGCGUUUCGGUGGUGACGCGAAAAAAAAAAUUUGUGCUUUUUGUGUCCUCCUGUCGUCGGCAGGGAACUCCGUUGCAAAGUGGCCCGGAACAGUUAACCCGUCGAGUGGGGACACGCUACACACGAAAUGCAGGCGAUAAAGUGCGUGGUCGUCGGCGACGGCGCCGUUGGUAAAACCUGUCUCCUCAUCAGCUACACCACCAAUGCCUUCCCUGGGGAGUACAUACCCACAGUGUUCGACAACUACUCGGCCAAUGUCAUGGUCGAUGGCAAGCCCAUCAACCUUGGCCUCUGGGAUACAGCCGGUCAGGAGGACUACGACCGGCUUCGGCCACUCUCCUACCCACAGACGGAUGUCUUUCUCAUCUGCUUCUCCUUGGUGAACCCGGCAUCCUUUGAAAACGUCAGGGCGAAGUGGUACCCCGAGGUGAGCCACCACUGCCCCAACACGCCCAUCAUCCUGGUGGGCACCAAGCUCGACCUGCGGGAGGACAAGGACACCGUGGAGAAGCUGCGCGACCGCAAGCUUGCCCCCAUCACGUACCCGCAGGGGCUGGCCAUGGCCAAAGAGAUCGGCGCCGUCAAGUACCUCGAGUGCUCCGCCCUCACCCAGAAGGGCCUGAAGAACGUCUUCGACGAGGCCAUCCGCGCGGUGCUCUGCCCGCAGCCCAAGCCCAAGAAGCGGCGCCCUUGCUCACUGCUCUGAGUCUCCUCCCCCUCUUUUCUUUCUCCCCCUCCUCCUCCUCAAAUCCGCUCGUCUAGCUGUCGCUCGUGCAGGUGGGGCAUCGCCUUCUGCAAGCGUUCUCUCGAGUUAGACACGAGCUAGCCUUUUUUUUUUGUGUGUUCUCCGCAACUUGCCUACAUCGCGCCCUUCACAUUUUCUUUUCUUUCUUUCCUGGGCGCCGGCUCAUGAGAGUCGUGCUGGUCAUUUGAACUAAGUGCCGAUGCGCAUCUGUUGUGUGCAGGUGAUGUAGCCUGCUGAUGGCAUGCUGCUCUUUUAGCUGAAGUUGAAGGAUUGUACUUGGUUUUUAACGGAUAACAUUUGCUUAUUUUACGGGCGAGAACACUUGGUGCUGGAGCUGAGCCAUUCACUGUUGUCGUCUGUAGGCAGUGCAGACAGCUAGCUUUUUGCUGCCGUUAGGUUUAGUAUAGCAGUGAGUGACAGUGGCCAUGCGAAUCUUUGUUUCCACAGAUGAAUGAUUAGUGUUUCAGGCUGUGGCUUUCAUCUACAAUGCUGACUGCCACAAAUUACCGGUAUAGCAGGCAACAUACUCAUUUGGUUUCUAGCCACUAGCUGAGCUUUUUCACUGUUUGGGUCAUAUGUACUCAUCUUUCUCGGCAGCCUUUGAGAGAAAUGUAGUGUUUCCACCUUCGUAUGUGCAUGAACUCCAUGACAGUUGUGGUUGAUGGUCAACGUUGCACCUCGACAAAUGCCCUAAGGAACUGGCCUGGCUCUUUGACAGUGCAUCUUGAGUCAUUCCUGCCAGUUUAUUUAAUUGCUGUAGUAAGCGUGGCUGCUUUUUUUGUGUGUACUAGCAAAGCUAGGAUGCGGAAAGCCCCCCCCCCCCCCCCCCCCCCCGUUCACAUUGUAAAUUGUCUGCAGGGUAUGCCUGCUUAAUGUAAGUGAUACGUGGGCCAGCCAGCUAGCCUGUUUCUUCUCAGAUUUGUUCAGUGUUUCUUGGUGGAAAUGGUUCAUAGAAGUUUCUUAUUAUUAGCUUGCUCAGGAAACAGCUGGCAGGGUUAAAGUGGGUUUUGCUCUAAAGUCAGUUCACCUCAAACACUCUUUUUCCAUAACUUGUUACUUUGGCAUAGGGUGGCAUGGUGGCGGUGGUGUGACAUGGGGGGGACAUAGUUGGUGGUGCCGCAGCCAGAAGACCUUUAAUCUCAGUUGUAUCUCGGUCUGAAGGUGCUUGUUCAUCAGUGAACACCAAUGAGCACGUCUGUAAGUUAAAUUCCUUGUCUCAAGUAGAAGAUAUGCUCAGUCUUCUUUUCUUCUAAAUCUUUUUUUCUCAGCAGGUUGUAUGUACAGAGUUUCAUACUAAGUUUUCCAGAGUACGACACUGUGCAAUCAUUCAACCAGCAUGCGUAUAGUGUGUAUUGCGUGGAUUUUCUUUAUUGGCAUGGCUUCGCCCAGAAAGUGUAUUGUGGCUUCUUUUAUGGUUCAUCGUAAUUCACUUCGAGUGUUAGCCUUACGUUUCUUCGUAGCUAUGUGUUGUAUGUUCACAAGUACAAAAAUCGUUUGGUCUCGUUUCGGACAGAUAAAUAAUCGACACUCGAGUACAUGUGCCACUAAGCCUAAAGUCCAUUUGGCUAAUGAUGCCAAUCAUUGGUCAUCGUAAGUGCGCAAACAAAGAGCCAACGUUUCAACAGGAGGACUUGUUCUUGCCUCGACAAAAGUCCUCCUGAUGAAAUGUUGGCUGUAGCCGAGUUUCCCCUUGUUUGCCCUCCGUUGAUUACUGUCUCAGUGUCCCUGUGAACAUUUCUUUCGUUUGGACAGUCGUAGGUAAUUAAUUUAGAUGUUCAAGCUAUCCUGUUCAUAAUGUUCAGAAAAGAAACGAAUGAUAAAAAUUACUGCCUAAAUGAGCCUAAUAUAUGCCAUGCAGCAAAUCUGCGGUAACAUAUUGGCUUUGAAAAAGUCGUUCAAAGUCGGAAGGGCUAAUCCAGGUACUGCCUAUUAUCCCUGUGCUGGCUUAGUAGAUGCCAUGCUGGCGGUGUGUACAAACAGUACCGCCACAUUUCCUCCCUGUAUCAGAGGUAUGAAACUCUAUGGGUUGUGCCCACUUGCAAUCGCCGUUCGUGGCUGAAAACAUGGGAACGAGGGGGUGGCACUGCCUGCAGACGACAGUUUAGACAGGCAAGAAAGCUUUGCUGCACGUGUCGAGGCCCCAACGAUUUUGCGCCCAUUGUGGCAGAUGUUAAGUGGCAUUGUGGCGUUGCCACGCUUGCACUCGCUAUUCUGCGGGAGUUGGUGAAACAUAUCGCCUGACGAGAAGUGCGGCACGUGCAGAAUUGUGUGCAGUUUGGUGCAAUUUCGGUUGCCUGCCGUGGUUCAGGGUUAGCACACUGUUAGGCCUAACUGGACAUAAUUGUCUGCAGUUUAGUGCAAUUUCGGUUGCCUGCCGUGGUUUAAGGUUAGCACUUUGUUAGGCCUAACUGGAUGAGGGAGGGCACCACGUAUUCUGAUGGACAAGUUGCCAAAUGUGACAGAUGCCGUAAGUGCGCGGCGAUAUAGUGGUUUGGCUCGCAAACGAAGCCGCUUUGUAAUAAUCGUAGGCUGGCACGCAGCAAAUGGUGAUGUUGCAGUUUCCGACAGAUUGGCGGCGUGCCGUCCUGCAGUGCCGAAUUGUUUUUGCAACUUGAUGCCAUGGCUGUUUGUGACUAUCGGAAUGAACUUUUCUAACAAGUGUUGGUUGCAUCACUGUAAUAGCGCUGUGCGUUUUUUGCACUUUCAUCCUGUCACAAAUGACGCCUACUCUCGCUUUCUCCCUCAGUGUCAUUUUGGUCCCCCCACCAUUUCUCGAAGGAACAUGCUCCCACCUCAUCUUAAAUGUAUAGUGCGGUUUCUUUGUACAAAGAGAAGAAACACUGAGUAAAUAGGCUUAGGACAGUGAGAAGUAUGUUAUAUACUUUGGACCUUUGCUACUGCCUAACGAAAUUGUGAGGCUUAACCUAGGAACAGCGUCUCACUCAAAGAUGUUUCGCCCCACAUUAAGUGCUGAAUUAAUAUUUUUCUUGCUUUUAUUUAACCAGCAGUGUUGUGGUCAAUCUUGUUUCCGGCUUUUUAAGUACACGGUCACUGUGUUUUCUGACCGUGCGUGCACUCUUAAUUGUCCAGGCUGUACCAAGGGCUGUGUGGCCUCUGUUCCAUGGAGGCGUCAUUGGUCACUUAUGAUUUUUAGGGUCAGUUCAAAACUGAUGUAAUUACCUCUUGUUUGUCUUUAAUGAAAUAAAUUAAGUUGGUAGUUUUGUUCUGAGUGUAAAUAGAACAUUGCGCGGCAUUUCAGGGCAUAUAAUUAAAACUUUAUUUUUUGUGUGUGGCACGAUUUGCAUUAAGUAGUCACAGUAUGCUGUGUGUGGUGCAAUGCCAUCUUUUGCGGUGGGAGUGUAGAAAUUAUAAAGAAAUUUUUUUUAGAUCGCCUAAGGAGACGAGACUUCUUUGUCCCACCUCUUUGCAGAAGCACACAAUAACAUUUUUGGCUGUGGCUUUGUGCUGGUGUCUUUUUUUUGUAGCCGAUCAUUUCCGCUCUGCUCCAGACUUCACUUUUUUUUAAUGCGCGAAGAAUUGCCUGAAGUUUACAGUACAUGCGAGGUGUCGCCACGUUUGUUCUUGGUGCACCAACAGCUUUGUCGAGCAAAGACUAGAUGAAAUGCUGUACAAACCAUGUGAAGAAAGGCCUGUGAAAAUGUUGCGCUAUUGUUCAGUUGCUGUAACGAAUUAUACGGUUGUUUAUCAAACAUC